AAUGAAGUGCUUGAUUCUGGGAUUUACUAUAUUUUCAUGUGUUGAAUUAUAUACUCUAAAUUUAGACCAGAAUACGACUUGCAGGUUGCUGCGCAAAUUUAAUUUGACUGGAUAUGUAGAAGCUGAAAAUCAUUCUGUUGUUAUUGGAGGACUAUUUCCUGUUCACUAUAGGACCAUGCCAACAAGUGACUCUGAUGAGGAACCAGAAUCACCCAUGUGUGAGGGGUUUAAUUUCCGGGGUUUCCGCUGGAUGAAAACCAUGAUCCACACCAUCAAGGAGAUUAAUGAGAGGAAGGAUAUUUUGCCUGAACACAGCCUGGGCUACCAAAUAUUUGACAACUGUUUCUCCACCACCAAAUCAAUGGAGUCAUCUAUGGUGUUUCUAACAGGGCAGGAGGAAUACAAACCUAACUUUAGAAAUAGCACUGGAAAAUUUCUAGCUGCAGUUAUUGGAGCAGGAGGAUCAACUAUGACACUGGCUAUUGCAAAAAUUCUAAUGUCGAGUGGUGUACCUCAG